AUGGCUCUGAAAGGAUCCUGCCCUGUGCUCCUGUUGCCCCUCAUCUUGCUGGGGGCUUGGCUGGCUCUGGCCAGUGGGCAGCUGUUGAAUGAGAAGAAUGACAAAUUCUUGCUGCAGCACUGGAACUACCCCAGGAGUGAGGACUCCAAUGGCACCUACUGCGACACGAUGACACAGUGCCGGGAGAUGUAUGGCCAGGAGGCCAACACCUUCAUCCACGCACCCAUGGGAUCCAUCAACAGCAUCAGGAGCCUGGGCGGGACACCUGGCAAGCCAAACAAAUGCCACAGAGUUGCUCCCUUCGACGACACUAUCUGCGUCUUUAACUCGACGAGCCGUGCCUACACUGGGACACGCUAUGUCUGCAGAAUUGUCCUUGACUGCUGGAAAGGGCUCCCCGUGGACUAUGUGAGGCACAUAUAG